UUCUAGCGAGAGAGGAGUGUGUUCUACAAUUUUUUUGUCGCUGCAAGUUUUAAGUUUGUAUGUUUUUGCUGAAUUAUCGUGGUUAAUCCGUGUAAUUAUCUUGUGUAGACUUUAUUGUGAUUAUGUGUUAUCAGUUAACUAGGACAGAAGCCGAGUGAUAAGGGAGUAUUUGCAUGGUGGGGGUGAGGAGACGGCGGCAAGAUGGGGGACAGCUUCCUACAUCUCGGGGACAUAGUGUCCCUCUACGCGGAGGGGUCUGUCGCUGGCUUCCUCAGCACCUUGGGGCUGGUGGAUGACAGAUGCGUGGUGUGCCCCGAAGCCGGCGACUUGACUGAUCCGCCCAAAAAAUUCCGAGACUGCCUGUUCAAGAUAUGCCCUAUGAACCGCUACUCGGCACAGAAGCAGUUCUGGAACACCGCCAAGCAGUCCGCUAACGCCAGCGCAGACACCGACACGGGACUGCUCAAGAGGUUGCACCACGCCGCCGAGAUAGAGAAGAAGCAGAAUGAAAUGGAGAACAAGAAAUUGCUAGGAACAGUGGUGCAGUACGGCAGCGUUGUUCAGUUACUGCACGUCAAAUCCAACAAGUACCUCACUGUAAAUAAAAGGCUCCCUGCGUUGCUGGAAAAAAACGCGAUGCGUGUGCACCUGGACGCAAACGGAAAUGAGGGGUCGUGGUUCUAUGUCAUACCAUUUUACAAACUCCGCUCCACUGGAGACAACGUGGUGGUUGGAGACAAGGUUAUACUGAACCCUGUAAACGCUGGUCAGCAAGUAUUGCACGUGUCUUCCAACCAUGAGCUACCUGACAACGCUGGAUGUAUGGAGGUGAACGUGGUAAACUCCUCCACAUCCUGGAAGGUGACAUUAUUUCUGGAGCACAAAGAGAAUCAAGAAGAAAUGCUCAAAGGUGGUGAUGUGGUGAGGCUGUUCCACGCUGAACAAGAGAAAUUCCUCACCAUGGACGAAUAUCGGAGACGUCACCACGUGUUCCUACGUACCACGGGCCGCUCAAGCGCUACCGCUGCCACCAGUAGCAAGGCUUUGUGGGAGAUUGAGGUGGUCCAACACGACCCGUGUCGCGGCGGUGCGGGCCACUGGAACUCAAUCUUCCGUUUCAAGCACCUCGCCACUGGACACUAUUUAGCCGCCGAAGCGUGUAUAAAACAGGAAGGUGCCGGUGAAGAUAUUGAGGGUGAGGAACCGGCGUACCAGCUAAUAUCAGUUCCACAUUCCUCAGAAAUCGCCACUCUGUUCGAAUUGGACCCUACCACUAUGACGCAUUCAGACACGCCAGUACCGCAAAGCAGUUACGUAAGGUUACAACAUUUAUGCACGCACACGUGGGUCCACUCAACGUCGAUACCUAUAGAUAAGGAAGAAGAGAAACCUGUCAUGUCGAAGGUAGGAUGUUCAGUAAUCAAAGAGGAUAAGGAAGCCUUCGCCCUCAUAUCGGUGUCGCCUAGCGAGGUGAGGGACCUGGACUUUGCCAACGACGCCUGUAAAGUGUUGUCGGCUCUUUCUACCAAGUUGCAGACGGGCAGCAUUGAGCACAACGAGAUGAAGGCAUUAACUUGUCUUCUCCAAGACAUAGUAUACUUCAUUGCCGGUUUCGAAAACGAGCCCAACAAGUCCAAAGCCUUGGACCUGGUGGUGGAAAACCCCAACCGCGACAGACAGAAACUUCUGAGAGAGCAGUACAUAUUACGACAACUGUUCAAAAUACUACAGGGUCCGUUCCAAGAGUCAUCAGAAGGGGAGGCGUUUCUCAAGAUAGAGGAGCUGUACGACCCGCGUUACGCUCCCUACAAGUUCAUCUUCCGAUUAUGCUACCGCAUCCUACGCCUCAGCCAGCAGGACUACAGGAAAAACCAGGAAUACAUAGCGAAGCACUUCGGCUUCAUGCAGAAACAGAUCGGUUACGACAUCCUGGCUGAAGACACCAUCACCGCGUUGCUUCACAACAACAGGAAACUGCUCGAGAAACACAUCACAGCUUCAGAGAUUGAGACCUUUGUUGGUUUGGUGCGCAAGAACAUGAAAACUUGGCAGUCUCGAUUCUUGGAUUACCUGAGCGACUUGUGCAUAUCCAACAAGAAGGCCAUCGCCGUCACACAAGAGCUCAUCUGCAAAAGCGUUCUUUGCGCAAACAACGCUGACAUACUCAUUGAGACCAGAUUGGUGACGACAAAAUAUCAGAGCCUUUCGGAGUCUGACGACGCGGACGGCAGGGUCUCGGUCGAAGAUGACGUCAUGCUUCUGUGGAACAACAAGAAGUGUUCAAGGCUGCUGUCCGAGCUAGCCCGGGAGUCGGCGGCGGACCCGCGCAGCGAGGCGGCGGCCAUCUUGGACUACUACCGCCACCAGUUGGACCUGUUCUCCAAUAUGUGUCUCAACCGACAGUAUCUCGCGCUCAACAGUCUCUCGCAACAGCUGCACAUCGAUCUCAUACUCAAAUGCAUGUCAAACGCAUCUCUAUCACACGAGCUCCGUGCGUCAUUCUGCCGCCUCAUGCUGCACCUGCACGCGGACCGCGACCCGCAGGAGCCGGUCACGCCGGUCAAGUACGCGCGGCUCUGGGCCGAGGUCGCCGGCACCAUACACGUGCACGAUUAUCAAUGCGUCAAAGGAGUCCCCGACGCUACGAGAGAGAUAGUCAAGAAGCAAUUCGCGUCAACCAUACGCUUUGUGGAAGAUUACCUGUGCAACGUGGUGACCGGAACGUGGUAUAUAAGCGACCACGACCAGAACAAGUUGACAUUUGAAGUUGUCAAACUGGCUAGGGAGUUGAUCUACUUCGGGUUUUAUAGCUUUAGCGAUCUCCUGAGGCUAACAAAAACACUGCUCAGCAUCUUGGACUGCGUGACGGCCAUGGAUUUGUUGAACGAAACCAGCAGCCUUUCCGGUGAAGUUGAGUCGGCGGACGUUGAUAUAGCACAACCGGAGGGUGGUGUCUUGCGCAGCAUCGGAGACAUGGGUGCAGUGGUGACGUCCAUCACUCUUGGAUCUGUGCCACGCAAUGGGCAGCAGGUGUCAAGCGGAAGCGGUGCGCAACGAUCCCCAUCUGCGCUGGCUUUGGCGAGAAAACACCCUCUAGUCAUGGAGACAAAGCUCAAGAUUAUAGAAAUUUUACAGUUCAUCCUGGACGUCCGGUUAGACUACCGCAUCAGUUGUCUGCUGUCCAUAUUCAAGAAAGAGUUCGAACAAUCUGGUGAGAAGACCGACAACAUCGGUCGCGCGGACGUGGAGGCUAUAGGACUACAAGCUGAAGGCAUCUUCAGUUGUCGAGCGAUACAGACUGUGCCUGACCACUGUCUUCCAAAAAAUGUAGAUUUAGACGGUUUGGAUUUGGACGGGUGCGGCGGUCGUAUGGUGUUACGAGUAUUGCUACAGUUAUGUUCGCAAGGAGCAUCAGCGGCUUUGGUGUCUGGAGCCCUAGCGCUGCUGUUCAGGCACUUCAGCCAACGGCAGGAAGUUCUGGCGGCUUUUAAACAGGUUCAACUUCUUGUAUCGGAUGCAGACGUGGAGUCGUACAAGCAAAUUAAAGCGGACCUCGACAUCCUACGGCAAAGCGUGGAGAAGUCUGAGCUAUGGGUGUUCAACAAAGGACGGAACGGCACAUUAGAUGACAGCGAUAUAAAAGGCACAGUGGGGCCCGGAGGCGCAGUCCUAGAGCGAAACGCGUCGCUGGAUAAUGUGCUGGACACAUCCCGGACAACUAAAUCUGAUCACAUGAACGAGUACAAGAAGAUCAAAGAGAUUCUCGGUCGCAUGAUAAAAUACUGCACGCAAGGCAAUAGCAAUGUGGAGGGGAUAACUGGUGAGGUGACCCCGGGCCGGCCGAGAAGACACGAACAAAGGCUCUUACGCAAUAUCGGCGUACACAAUAUUGUUCUAGACCUAUUACAGGUCCCUCACGACGAAAGUGACGCGGCGAUGGACGAGUUGUUAGCGCUGGCGCACGAGUUCUUACAGCACUUUUGUCACGGCAACCAGCAGAACCAGGCCAUACUGCAUAAACACCUGGACCUAUUCCUCAAUGCUGGGAUACGUGAGGCCCAAACAGUGUGCGCAAUCUUCGAAGAAAACGCAGCACUCUGCGCUCACGAAGGAAACGAGAAAGUUGCUGCUCAUUUUGUGCAUUGCAUCGAGUCUCACGGUAGAAGACCUGCUUACUUACGAUUUCUAAGGACUAUCGUGAAGGCAGGAGGGCAGCAUAUACGCCGAAGUCAGGAUCUCGUAAUGCAAGAGAUGGUAAACUCUGGAGAAGAUGUACUAGUAUUCUACAACGACAAAGUGACAUUCAACUACUUCAUACAAAUGAUGCGGACUUACAAACGCACGGGAGAAAUGCCCGAAGCUUUAACGUAUCACAUCGAUCUGGUGAAACUGCUGACUUGUUGUACGCUGGGCAAGAAUGUAUACACGGAAAUAAAAUGCCACAGUCUAUUGCCACUCGAUGAUAUUGUAGCCAUGAUAACUCAUCCCGACUGUAUACCAGAGGUGAAAGAAGCGUACGUAGGGUUCCUAAACCACUGCUACAUCGACACAGAGGUGGAAAUGAAGGAGAUCUACUCCAGCAACUACAUGUGGGACCUGUUCGAGAGGUCCUUUUUAGAGGACAUGAAUGCGAUACUGCAGCCUGAUCUCCAGAUUUCUGUGCCAGGCUCGUCAACAGAAGUGAGGCCGAUCAAAGCGUCCAACAGCGCCAAGCAAGCGUGGGUCAAUUACGUCACGGAUGUACUGAUGCAUACCAUAUGCACCUUCUUCAAUUCUCCCUUCAGCGACCAGAGCACCACAGUUCAGACCCGUCAGUCGAUAUUUGUGAAGCUUCUACAAACCACAUUCAGCAUCUACAAAUGUCCCUGGCUCACCCCUCCGCAAAAGCUCAAUGUAGAGAAAUGCAUACGGACCUUAAGUGAAGUUGCUAAAACCAGAAGCAUAGCAAUCCCGCUAGAGUUAGAAGCGAAAAUACAAACAGUAUUUGAGAAGGCCGCAGCACUGUCGCGGCAGACCAGCAAGUGGCUGCUGGCUUCCAAAACUGCCAAACUGGAAAAAAUGGCUUCACAGACAAACCUCCAAAACGACAGAUCAGUAAUGGAAGGUCUACAAGAGAUCGUGGCACUUUUGGAAGAGCAACUCCGACCAUUACUUCAAGCGGAGCAAUCUCUGCUAGUGGAUAUCCUGUACAAGCCGCAUCGCCUGUUCACCAGCUCUGGGGAGUUGUCGCAUCCAGACACUAGUGGGAUCUUUAUAUCAAGGCUAAUUCGGCACACAGAGAAGCUUCUAGAAGAAAAAGAAGAGAAGUUAUGUGUCAAAGUGUUGCGUACGCUGAGAGAAAUGAUGGCCACCGACCCUGAAUAUGGAGAGAAGGGAAAUCAAUUGCGCAGCGAGCUUUUAUCGCAGUACUUUGUCGACCGCAAGUCCGAGCCUAAAAUACUGAGCCCGCCAAGCCUCUUGGUUACCCACGGACCCGGCGCGAAGGUUUUGCUGCGCACGGGGCAGAGCCUGGCGCAGGUUCAGGCGCACCUGGACAAGGAGGGCGCCUCCGACCUGGUGGUGGAACUGGUCAUCAACAGCACCAACCGACCUGCCAUCUUCCUAGAGGCGAUACAGCUGGGCAUCGCACUCCUGGAAGGCGGUAACCCAAUAAUUCAACGCAGCAUCUUCACAAAGUUACAAAAUGGCGAGAUAUCGAACGCAUUUUUGAAGGUAUUCUACGACAAAAUGCGCGAGGCUCAGCAGGAGAUCCGCUCGCUAGCCGUCAACAGCACCACCACGACCACCACAGACAAGCGCUCUUCAUCCACAGACAAACAUAAACCCAACCACACUGAUGGCAAGCCGGCGCCGGGCCCAUUGGUGGUGGGGGAGGACAUGGAUGAAGAAGUGGCGAGUGCGUGCGCGUCCGCCGUGCACGCGUACUCCGAUAUACACACCAUGUCACAUGGUACCACAGUUCUCGAAGAGAUAAUGGCGGAGAAGAAACGUGAAUCCGGCAACGCAGACGUGCUGCCAGCGAAGGUUGCGGUGAUGAAGCCGAUCCUGCGCUUCUUGCAGCUGCUGUGUGAGAACCACAAUCCCAAUCUGCAGAACCUCCUUCGCAAUCAAAACAAUAAAUCGAAUUUCAACCUCGUAUCUGAGACGCUGAUGUUCCUGGAUUGCAUUUGUGGGUCCACCACUGGAGGUCUGGGACUCCUGGGACUUUAUAUCAAUGAGGGAAACGUGGCGCUUAUCAACCAGACUCUUGAAACCCUCACGGAAUACUGUCAAGGGCCCUGCCACGAAAACCAGAACUGCAUAGCGAUGCACGACAGCAACGGCCUUGACAUAAUAACCGCACUUAUUCUCAACGACAUCAACCCCCUCGGCAAAACCCGCAUGGACCUCGUACUAGAGCUCAAGAACAACGCGUCUAAGCUGCUACUGGCGAUUAUGGAGUCUAGGAACGAUUCCGAGAACAAUGCUGAACGGAUUCUGUACAAUAUGAACCCUAAACAGUUGGUUGAUGUCGCAUGCUCGGCGUUUCACCAAGAAAACUCAAUGGACGCUGAUUCGGAUUCGGAAGAUGAUGCGCCUAUACAAGGUGUAUCUCCUAAAGAAGUCGGGCACAACAUCUACAUCCUGUGCCAUCAACUAGCGGAACACAACAAGGAGCUGGCAACACUCGUGCGCGCCUCGCCCUCGGGCCCGGCUGCGCCUGCGCUUCAGUACUACCGCACGCACACCGCGCAGAUUGAGAUAGUCCGCAAAGACCGAAGCAUGGAGCAAAUAGUGUUCCCGAUCCCGGAAAUAUGCGAGUACCUUCCCGCUGACAGCAAAAGCAGAGUGCUGCAGACCGCGGAGAGGGACGAGAAGGGCAGCAAGGUGGCUGACUUCUUCUCCAGGCUGGACAACCUGUUCCACGAGAUGAAGUGGCAGAAAAAGCUGCGCGGUCAACCGUUCCUAUUCUGGGUGUCGUCGUACAUGUCUCUAUGGAGCAACGUGCUGUUCAACUUUGCGGUCCUCAUCAACGUGAUCGUCGCGUUUUUCUAUCCCUUUCGAGAAGAGCACCUCGAACUAGGCCAACACCUCUCCCUCGUGGUAUGGUGUGCGACGAUAGCGGCGGGCGCGCUAGUCACGUGGUUGCCGCGCAGCUCGGGCGCGCGAGCUCUGCUGGCCACGGGGAUAGUGCGGUUGCUGUUCUCUGCCGGCCCGGAACCCACUCUGUGGGCGUUGGGGAUGCUUACUAUAGUGGUGAAAUGUGUCCACCUGGUCAGUAUCAUGGGCAACCGCGGCACACUGUCCAAGUCCACGAGAAGCGUGGUCACAGACCCUGAACUGCUGUAUCAUGGAGUCUACCUUAUAUUCUGCUUGCUCGGCAUCUGCUGCCAUCCAUUCUUCUUUUCUGUUCUGUUGCUGGACCUAGUGUACCGUGAGGACACGCUGCUCAAUGUGAUGCGGUCGGUGACGCGCAACGGACGCUCCAUCCUGCUCACGGCGGUGUUGGCGCUAGUGCUGGUGUACAUGUUCUCCAUCGUCGGCUACAUGUUCUUCCGGGACCACUUCCUCGUCACCGUCGACCGACUAGAUGAUGACGACGACCCCCGCUUCGAGCCAGAAAAAUUCACAAGCGAUGACCCCGCAGCCAAGUACCAACGCACCGCAACUCAACCACACAUCAUAUCCGUGGGGGGCGACCUGAGGGAGAGGACCUGCGACUCCCUCAUCAUGUGCAUCAUCACGACCCUCAACUUGGGGCUGAGGAAUGGCGGUGGUAUCGGAGACGUGCUGCGUUCGCCGGCUAGCUUCGAGCCGCUGUAUGUGGGGCGCGUGGUAUACGACCUGGUGUUCUACUUCGUAGUCAUUGUGAUUGUUCUCAAUCUGAUCUUCGGUGUGAUCAUCGACACCUUUGCCGAUCUGCGUAGUGAGAAGCAGCAGAAAGAGCUCAUCUUGAAGAACACUUGCUUUAUAUGUGGGUUGAACCGCUCCGCCUUCGACAACAAGAAGGUGUCCUUUGAAGAGCACAUAAAGAGCGAACACAACAUGUGGCACUACCUCUACUUCAUGGUGCUAGUGCGGGUCAAGGACCCCACGGAGUUCACCGGCCCCGAAAGCUACGUGCAUUCCAUGAUCAAGAGUAACAACCUGGACUGGUUCCCGCGGUUAAGGGCACUAUCGCUGAUGGGUGGCGGGCAAGGUGAAGGCGGAGAGCUGGAGUUGCGGAAUUUGCAAGCGCAGCUCGAGCGGGCGCAGGGAGCCGUCAGAGUUCUCACCGAUUUGCUCACUGAUUUGCGUGAUCAGAUGACCGAGCAACGAAAGCAGAAGCAACGCAUCGGUCUGCUCAACUCCACGUCAACCUAUCUACAGACCAUGCAAAUGAAUCUACCACCGUGAGGGGACCUCCUGCUAUAUACAAACUAAUAAGUUCUUACUUUGGACUCUUUUAUAGCCUGACUGUAGUUGAACAUUAUUUAUAAAAAAACAUCAAGAAUAGGCUAUUUGACUAAUUUUUGGAAAUCAUUUUAAGUUAUUCUUUAUUACAUUAUUUAAAAAAAUCGUUUUUUCAGGCAAAUUGUACCCAUAUUAUUACAGAGGUCAAAUAUAAAUUAUA